AUGCCCAUGGCGGGCGGAUGCGAGGGGUUGAGACAGACGAAAACGAAACUCGGCGCGGCCGGGACGAAGGGUAAAAUCUGCAAAGGGACGGUUGGAAUUCCGGGAGACCGGCCACGGAUAAGUAACGCGAACCGCCUGCUUGAGGAAGGACUGCUAAUGAAGGACGAGGAGUUGGUGGAAGGAGCGGUUAUCAAUACAGAGAAGGCGGAAGGAGGGGAUGAUCUAGUGAUGGGGAACUGGAAAAGGGCAGGAGCCAGGGGAUCCGCUGUGGAGGUCCUCUGUGUCCUCAAAUGCGGCACUGUCGCACCUUCCCUCCGUGGCGAUAACCAGGCUAAAUACCCCAGACUGUGGAAUCACGUGAUUCUCAUGAAAUGGAAAGCAACUUUUGGCUCGGGGUCUACGUAA